AUGGCCAUUGCUCAAAGGGCCGCACAGUGUGCCCUGGGGUUGGAGGGGAUGUUACAGCUGACCCCGACCGAGGAUGCCCGGCUGGAGUGGGAGAACCAGAUGUUUCGAUUCAAUCUGUGGUCAGCAAACAACUUCGUCUUCGCUCCCACAAGGGCGUCCAUGGACUGGAGGCUACGAAAUGCUCCCCUUCUUGAAUCCUCCAUGUGCGAGCUGUUGGAUGACCUACAGAGCAGUCUUAUCCGAUGUACCUCCAUGAUUAAGAAUCCUGCAAUUCCGGAUGAGGCCAACCCAAGCACUCUUGUGAGCGACACUCUAGAAGAGCUCUUUCGACUUUCCCGAGCGGUUCGCCGGUCGGGAAUCCUCCGCAGAUUUGUCAAGAUAGAGUCGUAUAUCGAAUUCGAUGAAAAUGGUGUCAACCUGACAGACGAGUUUCGCAAAGGGGUCGAAAGGCUCAUUGAGUAUCGUCUGAGACACUCCCCCGCUAGCCAGGUACUUCAAGCACGAGUCGUCAAUACCAUAUGUCUCCGCCAGCAACAUUUUGCCUACCUCCGGGCCAAAUGGGAGAAGCCCACAGUACGGCCAACUCCCAUAAAACCGGCGCCGGCACAGCCAAGAUCCUCGUUGGGAGCCACAUUCAGCGUGAGGGGAUCCAUUUCGUCGCCCGCAAGCCCAGCGGGAGAGAAAGAGCGAGUAACACUCCCUACCGUAAUGACAGCGACGACGGCACGACCUGAACGAGUGAGGGCCGUGAGAUCAUUAAAGUCUGCCGUCAGCGCCGAGCACGAGGACGUCGAAUGCAGUCAGGAAGAUUUGCCACUCCCGCCGAAGGUACCGCCAGGUGCGAUGGAGUAUGAAUGUCCCUUUUGUUAUAUGGUCUGCUCAUCUUUGGAAUUCUCCGGGGAAAGGUGGAAAAAACAUGUCAUUCAAGAUAUCAUGCCUUACUUCUGUACCUUCGACGACUGCCCAACAACAAAUACGCUCUUCGAAUCGGGCCGAGACUGGCUUAAGCAUAUGAGAGACCGCCAUAUGGUCACUGGCUGGACGUGUAUGGACCAGAGUCAUGACACGACCCUGAUCUUCGAAGCCGAGUCGGCCUUUAAAGACCAUAUGUAUACCUGCCAUACCGGGGAAUUUGCCGACGACGAGUUGGAUGAGAUUGCCGACGCCAGCCACCAGCAACUGGCACCGCACAAUUUGCUAACGACCUGCCCCUUCUGCCCAACUGAUCUGACCGCCACUAUACCCGCCGACGGGAUGAUGAGCCACGUUGCAGAACACAUGCUGUCACUGGCACACAUAUCGGUUUCGUGGCAGAUGGAUGGCGAAUCUAUCGACUCGCAGUCUUCCUCUGGCGGGUACUCUUUACUCUACAGCCAGCUGGGCUUCCCGCCGGCUCCCAAACGGACCCGGCGGCCCCAGUCCGCAGUGAUGCGAAUCGCGGGUGGGUUUAUUGGACAGCGUCGAUCUAGGUCACAACGGGCGCCGUACAUGAAGAUGGGCAACGCAGGUGGAUAUUUAAUACAGGGUAGAUCUAGAUCGCGCCGCCCCCAGUACGCGGUCAUGGGUAAGGCAGCUUUGUAUUUUGGAGGACGCGGAGGGUCACUUGAAGAGCGCCUGCAGCAGGAUUUCCCGAGCCCCGACGAUGACAAUAAUUCCACCCCAGACGAAGAGUACACGCCUGUGGACGGAUCCCUUCCCGAGGGUGAUAUGGAGUUCUUCAAGUCUCUGUGGCGGGAUGUGCGACAGGAGCUGCGAUUACCUUCCCUGACUAGUCCGCCUCGGUCACUCGAGGAACUUCAGACCCAAGGACAGAGUCCGCUAGAUGCGGGGCUUAGUUUCGACGCAGACAUGUCCGAGGUGAAAAAUGAUGUGGAUGAUAAUGAACCGAAUGUCAUCGACCUCGACUACGAUCAGUCAUCAGCACUCGCAGAUUUUGACCCCCAUGUUCCCCAAAGAGACUUAUCUACAAGGUACCAGCGGAGCGACCUCGACGAAGAAUCGGAUCGCUAUCCCAUUCCACCUCGCUGGCGCAACAGAGACUUUCACCAUGAGCACCGCUAUGGAGAGCCGUCCCCUCCUCCUCCUCUACCUAGGUUGAUACGACGCCAAUCCUCGCUUGAUACAUUUGAUCGACGUCCCUCACACGAGGUUGUUCCCUUUGAGGAACAUCGUGGCUUCCGCCCCGGCCCCGUCGUUAUAAGUAGCCCUCCUCCCUUCCUCCUGGGGGGUCGUCGAGAUUUGGCUGAUGGGGUCCUAGUUCAACCGCGGGAACACGAAUAUGAGGAGAUUGGAGUGGAGAUAAAGCCAUAUCCCCGGAGAGGGAACACCCAAGUGCCGCUGAGGCUCGUGAAUACCAGGGCUAUCCGCGAAGCGGGUUACCCAUACAGAAAAGAGGGUGACUUUUUUAUCAUCGAGAAAGCGCUUUCCCAGGAGCAGGUUGUAGCUCUCGUUGAGAGAAGUCGUCAGAUGGUCAUCAAGGACCCGGAGGCGGAAAUAGUGUGGAUCGAUACGCAUCUCCCCCACGUACCCAAAAAGGACCGCCAAGAAAACGACCAAGCCAUGCGACUCGAACGACGGGAAGCUGAGAAGGAGGAGCCUGUGGUAGCACCCAAGCAAUAUCCUCGUAGAGGCAAGACCCGAUUUCCCAGGAGGCUUGUGCACUCUCGUGCAAUCCGCGAACUCGGCUAUCCUUACGAAGAAGACGGUGACGUGACUAUAAUCCAUCUGGCUCUUUCCAGAGAGCAGAUUGAUCAUGUUAUUGAGAAAAGUAGCGAGAUGAAGACCUCCUUGAAGCUGGCGGCGCUCACAGGGUCGGAAGAAAGAGAUCGAAACCCGUCGGGCAGGAGAAGCCUUGACAAUCUUGUAGUCGAAAGACCGCGAGAGAGCGCUGCUAAGGAGCGAAUACGUGCGAGAACAAAGGGUCGACGACGAUAUAGUGGUUCUCGUCUAAGGGAUCUCGCCUAA